AUGUCGGAGAGAGGGGGUCUCCCGCGGACUGGGGGCACACCAUCUCCACAUAUGCAGCCGUCCAAGACAGUAACGAUCUCCCCGAACCGUCCGGUUCAAAUGAACCUGUAUGCAACCUGGGAAAUUGACCGCUCAUCUCCAAGCUGUGUGCCCAGGCUCUUCACUGUUACCCUGAAGAAGCUGCUGAUGCUUCAGGAGCUGGACAGAGACCUAACCUCUGUUGUCAUUGCAGUCAAACUCCAGGGAUCAAAGCGCAUUUUACGUUCCAAUGAGAUCCUUUUGGCAUCGGCUGGACUUACUGAGACUGAUCUUCAGCUGACGUUCUCCUUGCAAUAUCCACAUUUUUUGAAACGAGAUGCCAACAGACUGCAGAUCAUGUUGCAGAGGAGGAAGAGGUACAAGAACCGCACCAUUCUGGGCUAUAAGACCCUGGCUCUGGGCCUCAUCAACAUGGCAGAGGUGAUGCAGCAUCCAAGUGAGGGAGCCCGUGUGUUGGCUCUCCACACCACAGUGAAGGACACGGCUGUGACUGUGGCUGAGAUGAGGGUCUACUCGCUCUCCAGCCAGCCCAUCGACCACGAGGUGUCCAAGGCCAAACUGUCAGACCGCUCCCCUGACAUUGACAACUACUCGGAGGAAGAGGAAGAGAGCUAUUCAUCAGAGCAGGACGGGAGUGAUGACCCUGCUCACAUCCAGUAUCUGUUCGAAGAAGAUGACAUGAGGAAGAAGAAGCACAGACGCAAACUCACCUCUGCAGCCUCCAUCACCAGAGCCCGGCAGCCCAACAUCAAGCAGAAGUUUGUGGCCUUGUUGAAGAGGUUUAAAGUGUCUGAUGAGGUGGACUUUGGCCUGAAGAACGUGUCCCAAGAGCACAUCCGUGAUGUGGAGGAGGACUUGGAUGAGCUCUAUGACAGUCUAGAGAUGUACAACCACAGUGACAGCGGCCCAGAGAUGGAGGAGACGGACAGCAUCCUCAGCACACCCAAACCCAAGCUCAGGCCCUUCUUUGAGGGCAUAUCCCAGUCCAGCUCGCAGACCGAGUUUGGCAGUCUGAACAGCAGGUGCAGUCUGCCCAAAGACACCCUGAGCCCACAAGGAGAUCAGCCCCAAUCAGGCAAGAUGAACCGCACUCGCUCCCGCAACCUGGAUGACUCUAAGACAGACACCCAGGAGCUGAUUGAUCCGAAGGGGUUACUGGAGACAACAGCCUGCAUCACUGUCUCUGUCCCAGAGAAGCUACCCAGGACCCCGACGAGGGAACUGAGGAGCAGCAACAGUGAGAGCCACACCACCAUGCUCUCCCCCAGGUUGGAUGAUGGGCACACACCCAGGCAGAGACGUGGGACGCCAAUGAAGGAGAGGCGAGCGCUGUCCAAACCACUGAGCGAACGCACCAACAGCUCUGACAGCGAGAGGUCACCAGAGCUCAGCCGCACCCCACAGGUGCCCAGGAAGGCUGUGUAUGACCAGCUGAAUCAGGUCUUCUCCUCAGACACUGCCCUCCCAGACAGCCUGGUCCUGGUCAACACCAGUGAUUGGCAGGGACAGUAUGUGUCCGAGGUGCUACUGGCCCAGAAGCAGCCAGUAGUGUGUACCUGCUGUGGGGUGGAAAUUCAGGCUGUCCUCACCACCCUCCUCACACGCAUCCAGAAGUUCUGUAACUGUAACUCGUCCACGCCGUCGCCGGUCAAGGUGGUGGUGGCAGGGGGACAGAGCUACCUGGGGGCCAUCCUACACUUCUUUGUCAGUCAGCUGGCCAACAAAACAUCUGAUUGGCUCAGCCUCAUCCACUUCCUGGUUGUCCCCCUGGGCUGUCACCCUGUAGCCAAGCACCUGGCCUCCCUGGACCCUCGCUACAGCUCUGUGUUCCUGGACAAUGCCUGGAAAGAUCUGUUCAGCGGCCUGGAGCCCCCUCACUCCACUGCAGACGGCGUGGACGUGGCAGGAAGGAUCAGCCAGUACAUCAGCAGCGUCUCUGUCACACACCAGUUGCCUAUCGCUGAGGCCAUGCUCACCUGCGAGUACAAGAGAUAUGACGAAGACUCUUACCAGAAGUUUGUUCCCUUCGUUGGGGUGGUGAAAGUAGGGUUGAUUGAACCGACUCUGGCGUAUUCAGGUGGAGACACUGAGGAGGCUGUUAGUGUUAGCUUGGCUGUUCCCUCCACCUCCCCACAAUCUCAUGGAUCUCCCACAGGGAUGCCCAGAGAGGCUGUCACCCCACCCCCAUCUCCCUCCCUGAGCAGCGGACUGGUGAGCCCUAAUAUGUCCCAUGGGGUGGACACCAUUGGGCUGACGGUGGAUUAUUGGGUAGCAACAUGCUCAGAGCGGAAGAAGGAUGGGGAGCGGUGUGACAAGGGCUCCAAGAACACGCUGAAGAGUGCCUUCUGCUCCCUACAGGUCAGCAGGCUGCCAGGAGGGGGCUCCACUGAGAACCAUCCCCAGGCCAACACCAUGGCCAUGACCAUGGUCACCAAGGAGAAGAACAAGAAAGUCUCCACCAUAUUCCUGGGCAAGAAGCCCAAAGAGAGGGAUGUAGACUGUAAAAGCCAGGUGGUUGAGGGCAUCACCAGACUCAUCUGUUCUACCAAGCAGCAGCAGACAAGCCUAAAAGUGUCUGUUGACGGUGUGGAGUGGACUGAUGUCAAGUUCUUCCAGCUGGCUGCCCAGUGGCCCACCCAUGUGAAGUACCUGCCAGUGGGGCUGUUUGGCUACAACAAGACCGCCACCUAG